GCAAGCGCAGUGCACACCGCAUACUAUCUGAAAAGCUCUUAAAUAUAACGGCUAAUGUUUGUGUGUUAAGCCAAAGUCCUGGUUCACUGUUAUUUACUCUGCAUCUGACUUACAGAUUCUGCUUUAGGAACAGGAGAGACAGAACGUAUUAGUAAAAGCCUGACUGUUAGAGGGAAGGCAGAGACUGUCACAACAGUUGGAUCAAUGCAGUUGUGUAUUUAUUUAUAAGUAGGAAUCACAUGACUGCUAUCGUUUGCGUGCCCUUAGAUGAUCUCUUGAGUCCAGAUGACCGGGAGAGGAGUGUGAUUUGUCUUCAUGGGAGUAGACUUUAUGAUGUGAUGUGAUUGGCUUUCAGGGUAUUUAUAUUACGGAUACGUGUAAGACUAGUCUGCACACACACACAAACACACACACACAUCUCUGCCUGGGGAAGAGUUGCAUUGUUGGACUCCAGGGAAAUACCAGAAAUCAGGAACAAUGAAGUACGUUUUGUUAUUUAUUUUGCUGACCCUCUUGGGAACGUGCUCGGCCAGAAAUCAUGAAAAUGUGGCCUUGCAUGGCAAAGCAACUCAGUCGCAUCGCUUCCGCAUAUUUGGGGAUGCCUCCAGUGCAAUCGAUGGAAACCGUGAAUCAAACUUCGGCGCUGGUUCAUGCACUCACACUAUAGAAAUGGAAAACCCCUGGUGGAGAGUGGACCUGCUGGACAGCUACAUCGUCACCUCCGUCGUCAUCACCAACAGAGGAGACUGCUGUCCAGAGAGGCUCAAUGGGGCUGAGGUUCACAUAGGCAACCACUUACAAGACAAUGGUGCUGCAAACCCACUGGCUGGAACAAUAUCUCACAUCCCUGCAGGCAACUCGCACACCCUGACUCCAAGCUCUGGUACCAGUGGACGUUAUGUGACAAUCGUUCUACCCGGUGCUAAAAGGUAUCUUACGCUGUGUGAAGUGGAGGUUUACGGGUACCGUGCCCCGACAGGAGAGAACCUGGCGCUCAAAGGAAAAGCCUCACAGUCAUCAUUGUAUACAGAAGGCGAUGCAUACUUUGCUGUUGAUGGGAAUAACGACAACGAUCGGGCCCACAGGUCCUGCUCUCACACCGACACUAACUUCGCACCCUGGUGGCGACUUGAUUUGCUUAAAACCCAUAAAGUGGAUUCUGUUAAGAUAACCAACCGCAAAGAUCUUGAGUUCUAUCAACGACUGAAUGGAGCCGAGCUGCGCAUUGGAGACUCACUUGAAAACAAUGGCAACAACAACCCAAGAUGCGCCGUGGUAGAUAACAUCCCCGCCGGAGCGACUGUUGAAUUUCAAUGUAAUGGGAUGGAUGGCCGCUAUGUGAACGUAUUCAUCCCUGGAAAGGAGGAGUACCUGACCCUGUGCGAGGUGGAGGUUUAUGGCUCCAACAAUGAAACGCAGCUCCGUUCUGCUUCUGCACCUUCUUCUGGGGUCAUGCUCGACCUACGCCUACGAUUUACAAACAGUGGGACUUUAUUCCAACCAGUCGCAUCGAGUCUCCCCCUGGUGGCCAUUAGAGAUAAUGCAGAAAACGUGGCCUUGCGGGGAAAAGCGACCCAGUCAACACGCCACCUGCACCCUUGGUCAUCUGCGGACAAUGCCAUCGAUGGAAACCGUGAUACUAACUCCGGCUCUGGAUCGUGCACUCACACUUUAGUAGAGGCCAACCCAUGGUGGAGGGUAGACCUACUGGAGUCGUACAUCGUCACCUCCCUCGUCAUCACCAACAGAGGAGACUGCUGUGCAGAAAGGCUCAACGGGGCUGAGAUUCACAUCGGUCACUCUUUAGAAGACAAUGGAGUUGGAAAUCCACUGGUUGGAGUCAUCUCUCAUGUCCCAGCAGGCAGGUCUUUAAAAGUCACCUUCACCAAACUUGUGGUGGGACGUUACGUGACUGUGACUCUGACUGGUCCAGAAAAGAUCCUUUCACUCUGCGAAGUGGAAGUGUAUGGGUACCAUGCACCAACUGGAGAGAAUCUGGCACUCCAGGGACAAGCUACACAGUCGACACUGCAUGCAACAGGUUUUGCAAAUCUUGCCAUAGACGGGAAUCGUGCCAGCGACUGGGCCGAGGGAUCUUGUAGUCACACCACCAAAACUAUGAACCCCUGGUGGCGACUGGAUCUGGGCAAAACACACAGAGUGUUUUCUGUUAACAUCACCAACUACAAUACUCAUCCUGAACUAAUUAACGGAGCUGAGAUCCGCAUCGGAGAUUCCCUUGACAAUGACGGCAACAACAAUACCAGGUGUGCUGUGAUUACCAGCAUUGCUGGAGGUUUCACUGAAAACUUCAACUGUAACGGGAUGGACGGCCGCUACGUCAACGUGGUCAUUCCUGGAAGGGUGGAGUACCUGGCUGUGUGUGAGUUUGAGUCUGCACACACACACAAACACACACACACAUCUCUGCCUGGGGAAGAGUUGCAUUGUUGGACUCCAGGGAAAUACCAGAAAUCAGGAACAAUGAAGUACGUUUUGUUAUUUAUUUUGCUGACCCUCUUGGGAACGUGCUCGGCCAGAAAUCAUGAAAAUGUGGCCUUGCAUGGCAAAGCAACUCAGUCGCAUCGCUUUCCGCAUGAAUUUGGGGAUGCCUCCAGUGCAAUCGAUGGAAACCGUGAAUCAAACUUCGGCGCUGGUUCAUGCACUCACACUAUAGAAAUGGAAAACCCCUGGUGGAGAGUGGACCUGCUGGACAGCUACAUCGUCACCUCCGUCGUCAUCACCAACAGAGGAGACUGCUGUCCAGAGAGGCUCAAUGGGGCUGAGGUUCACAUAGGCAACCACUUACAAGACAAUGGUGCUGCAAACCCACUGGCUGGAACAAUAUCUCACAUCCCUGCAGGCAACUCGCACACCCUGACUCCAAGCUCUGGUACCAGUGGACGUUAUGUGACAAUCGUUCUACCCGGUGCUAAAAGGUAUCUUACGCUGUGUGAAGUGGAGGUUUACGGGUACCGUGCCCCGACAGGAGAGAACCUGGCGCUCAAAGGAAAAGCCUCACAGUCAUCAUUGUAUACAGAAGGCGAUGCAUACUUUGCUGUUGAUGGGAAUAACGACAACGAUCGGGCCCACAGGUCCUGCUCUCACACCGACACUAACUUCGCACCCUGGUGGCGACUUGAUUUGCUUAAAACCCAUAAAGUGGAUUCUGUUAAGAUAACCAACCGCAAAGAUCUUGAGUUCUAUCAACGACUGAAUGGAGCCGAGCUGCGCAUUGGAGACUCACUUGAAAACAAUGGCAACAACAACCCAAGAUGCGCCGUGGUAGAUAACAUCCCCGCCGGAGCGACUGUUGAAUUUCAAUGUAAUGGGAUGGAUGGCCGCUAUGUGAACGUAUUCAUCCCUGGAAAGGAGGAGUACCUGACCCUGUGCGAGGUGGAGGUUUAUGGCUCCGUCCUGGAUUAGCAUCAAGAUUCACUUUAUCCAAAAUGAGCUAAAUUUAACCAACUGAACUCACAUGAAUCAAACUAAUAGAUACGGCUUAAUUUUGAUUGUUUGCAUUGAAAAUAAUAAAAUUUGUGUAAAAGGAUAA